CACUCUUUUUAGUGCACUCUCUCAAUUCAAGGAAACUUGUACAAUUAAUUUCAUCUCUUUUAUUCUUGUUCUUCAUCAACACAAUCUUGCCAAAAAUUUGCAUACAUUCAUAACUUUGAUUGUUUUGCAAAGCUUCUUAAACAACACCAACUACUACUGCUACUACUACUACAAAGUAGCAAUGGCUUGCUUGAACAUUUGUCAAAAGGAAAAGAUAAGAGACGAAAGUGAGGAAAUAGAAUAUACUCUUGACGGAACUGUGGAUCGACGUGGUAAUCCAGCAAUACGUAACAAAACUGGAAAAUGGGGGCCUGCUAUACUAAUCCUAGUGAAUCAAGGGCUGGCUACAUUGGCAUUUUUCGGCGUAGGGGUAAACUUAGUGUUAUUCUUGACAAGAGUGGUAGGACAAAGCAAUGCUGAUGCUGCAAACAAUGUUAGCAAAUGGACUGGAACUGUUUAUCUCUUUUCCCUUGUUGGCGCUUUCCUUAGUGAUUCUUACUUGGGUCGAUACAAAACUUGUGCAAUUUUUCAAGCUAUAUUUGUCCUUGGGUUGGCAUUAUUAUCACUAUCAUCAUACUUAUUCUUGCUUAAACCUAAUGGGUGUGGAGAUGAGCUAACUCCAUGCACCUCCCAUUCUGGUUACCAUGUAACGCUCUUCUACAUCUCAUUGUACAUGGUGGCCCUUGGAAAUGGUGGAUAUCAACCAAACAUUGCUACAUUUGGGGCUGAUCAAUUUGAUGUAGAACAUCCUAAGGAAAGAAGCUCCAAAAUAUCAUUCUUUAGUUACUUCUACUUGGCCUUCAACUUAGGAUCUCUGUUUUCCAACACUUUAUUGGCCUACUACGAAGAUGAAGGGAAAUGGGCAAUUGGGUUUUUUGCAUCUGCUAUAACUGCCCUUAUGGCUUUGGCGUUGUUCCUUGGCGGUACGCCUCAUUUUAGGCACUACAAGUCUUUAGGAAACCCAAUUUCAAGGUUUGGCCAAGUGCUUGUUGCUGCCACAAAGAAAUGGAACGCUUCAGAAGACGAUGGUUUAUACGAAUUGGAUGCAAAGACAUACUUAAAAAAUGGAAGGAAAAAGAUCGCUCAUACCCAAGGAUUAACGAUGUUGGAUAAAGCUGCUGUUAUCACUUGUAACCAAAAGUACGACGAAAGAAGGUUAUGUACAGUAACACAAGUUGAAGAAGUGAAAUGCAUAUUAAGGCUCCUCCCAAUAUGGGUAUGCACUAUAAUGUACUCUGUAGUCUUUACACAAAUGGCCUCCUUAUUUGUGGAACAAGGUGCGGCAAUGAAAGUAACCAUUGGAAGCUUCCACAUUCCACCAGCAAGCAUGUCUGUAUUCGACAUCCUUAGUGUGGCGUCCUUCAUCUUCAUCUAUCGCCGUGUUCUUAACCCUUUUGUGAUUCGAAUGAGGAAGAAAGGUCUUACUGAACUUGAGAGAAUGGGAAUUGGGCUUAUACUGGCAAUCCUAGCCAUGGUAGCAGCUGGGACAGUAGAAGUAUUCAGAUUAAAAUACGCGACUACAGAGGCAAGUAGUCUAAGCAUAUUUUGGCAAAUACCUCAAUUCAUGCUAAUUGGAGCAUCUGAGGUAUUCAUGUAUGUUGGUCAGUUAGAGUUUUUCAAUGGACAAGCACCCGAAGGGUUAAAGAGUUUUGGGAGUGCACUUUGUAUGUUGUCCAUGUCGUUUGGUAACUACAUGAGUAGUAUCAUAGUCACAAUACUGAUGAAGAUAACUACACGAGGUAACAACCUUGGAUGGAUCCCUGAAGACUUAAACAAGGGUCAUUUAGAGAGGUUUUACUUCUUGUUGGCCGGUUUAACUACCCUAGACUUUUUGGUCUACUUGUACUAUGCUAACUCUUACAAAUAUGUUCAACCCGAUGAACCAAGAGUUGAUAGUCAUCAUGGUGAACAAACCGUCAAAAUUGAGGUCUAGAAGAACUUCAAUUUUGAUUUUAUGUUAUACAUCAUAUCAUAUCCUAAGUGAAAUGACUUUCUUCUCGGUAAACAUUAAAGUUUAAAUGACUAGCAUUCAACUUACUAACCGGGUAUGAAGUCACCAGGUUGUCCUUAGUAAACCAACUAUAUAAUAUAUAGGGUGCUUUACUAACGGCAAUAUAUAGGCCGGGUAACUUCAUUCCCGAUUUUGUAGCUACAUAUUAGCCAUGCACUUCACUCUUGAAGAAAUGAUCACAAAGUUUCACAAUCAUGUAUAAUUAUUUAAUUAAACAAAACGGAUUUUGUAAUUUAAUCAAAUGACGGUGUCUUCGCCCGUCAGAUUUUGUAUCAAAUAUUGUACUAUAUAUGAAAUGAAAUAAAGUUGAUAUUCCAAAA